AUGGCGUACGCAGCGAUGAAGCCGACGAAGCCAGGGUUGGAGGAGUCUCAGGAGCAGAUUCACAAGAUCAGGAUCACUCUUUCCUCCAAGAACGUCAAGAACCUCGAGAAAGUGUGUGCGGAUUUGGUUCGUGGUGCCAAGGAUAAGAGGUUGAGGGUGAAGGGACCUGUUAGGAUGCCCACCAAGGUUCUUCAUAUCACUACCAGGAAGGCCCCGUGUGGUGAAGGAACCAACACCUGGGACAGAUUUGAGCUCCGUGUCCACAAGCGAGUGAUUGAUCUCUUCAGCUCCCCAGAUGUGGUUAAGCAAAUCACCUCCAUCACUAUUGAACCUGGGGUUGAGGUUGAGGUCACAAUUGCAGAUUCUUAAAAUUGUUUAGUCUGGGAACCUUUUUCUUUGAUGUCCUCCAACAUGGGAACAAGAUUUUUUGGGGAAGUUAGUUAGUCAGAGUUUUCUAAAUUACAAUUUUGAAGUUUAAUAGUCGAGUUUUAUGUGGCAUAUGCCUUGUUUAAGUUUAUUUUUAAGAAAUUCAAAUGCAUGCUAUUUUUUGAUCUGCUAGUAAUUGGAGUGGAAAUUUCUCUUGCAGUAUUGAUGUUUGAAGAUUAAGGGUUGUGAAUUAGAGAUUGUUGCUCUCGCUGUUUGAUUUUUGCAUUUUCUGUAGACGCAUAUUCAAAGAUUAAUAAUAGUUGAUGACAAUAUAUGCUUUUAUGUA